GGUCGGCCGACCCUUGUUGUGCAGGUCUAGAUGCGAAUGAUGAUUCAUGCGCGUAUAGAUUCAUUGAACCUCAUCACAUAAAGGGGCAGAUCUGGCAGGGGGGCCAGGGGGCCGGUGCCCCUGCUCCGAUCGUGAGAGUUAGGGAAUAGGUAUGGUUUGGGGUCCGCCGGACUGCACCGUUCCAUUAUUUCCGGCGAAGCUUGGGACCUGUAUUUUUGCUUCUGACUUCCGCUGGACAGGACGAUCGAUGGAGGUGAUUUUUUUAAAAUGGCACGACACCGUUUUGUAUUAUGUGGGACAAAAAAAGGAUCGGGCCAAGGCAGGCCCAACACGCAACAGCCCCAAACGAAGCAAAGAAAACACAAAUCCGGGCAUCCUGCCAUACCUUUACGCAAAUCCGCCCCUGCCCGCGCAAGAAGGCUUUCUGUUUUCCCAUUUUUCCCCUGUGCUACUGUUUGAUGUUAUAGGUGAUGAUUGGUAAUGGUACUACUAUCCGGCAUUCCCAAAUUCCCAUUUCAACAGCUACAAUUCUAGAAGACUAAUUUACAACAAUGGUCUCAAAUCAAUUGAGCUAUUUGGUAAUCGCAAUUGUAGUGUAGUUCAAAACGUCAAAUAAAAGAGUAUGUAAUACUCCGUAUGAAAAGUGUUAAACUUUAAUAUUUAUUGCACUAUCACUAAGUUGUACUUUUAAGUAUAAAAAUUACACUUUUUCAUGAUGAUGAAAAUGUUCAUGAAAAUGCCAUCACAUUUUAUUCCAAUUUAC